AUAAGACGAGCCAUCUGUAUUCAGCCUCCCCUGUUACAUUAUGAAGGUUUCUUUCAUUCUGUGUAUCCUCACUGCCAUGUCCUUGGGUCCAGCAGAUGGACAUGUGGUGGCUAAUUUCGGGGAUUCACCUGAUUGCAUCAAGUUCUUCUACAAGGAGAAAGUUCCAGAGCUGGGAGCUUCCCAGCCGAAUGUCGUCCGUUUAUGUCAGCGCUUUCUAAACACAUAUCACUUCACCACACUUUACGACACAUACUACCACAUUGCUGUCUAUUCUGCAUACAUCUUUCAGCCAAGUGAUGGCGGAGGCAGAGAGAAACGCUGGUUUGUAGAGCCACAGUUGGUGAAUCCGACAUGGCCAAGUGAAAUGGAAGAUGGAUAUAAGCUGUCACAGCAGAACCCGGACAUCUAUCUGGGAGAGAAUCAAGCUUUAAAUGAAGACUACACAAACUCUGGAUUUGACCGUGGUCACCUAAAUCCCAACGGACAUCAUGCAGUUCCAAGUCGUAAUGCCACCUUCACCCUUACCAAUGUGGUGCCUCAAAACCCAACGCUGAACCAGAAUGCUUGGAACCAACAUGAGCAGAAACUGACCAGUUUGUUUAAUGCAAACUGUCAUGAGGCAUAUGUGCUGGUUGGUGCCAUCCCUUCUUCUAACAACUGGAUCAUCAAAAAUAACGUCAAACGGGUGAACAUCCCAGAGUACAUCUGGAACGCUUACUGCUGCGUCGAUCAAAACGGCCGCCCCAUCCUAAGCGGCGCUGCGACUGCCCUCAACACAGAGCAGAAUGUUGUUGUGGAACGCAGCCUAGAUGAGAUGGUCAACUUCCUUCAGCAGUUCUCUGAAGCACCAGUGAAUGAGCUGUUCAGCGGCCAAUGCAGAGCUUAGAUUAACACCUUCAAAUAAACUUUAGCAAUAAGGUUUAAUUCUGUAUUUUCAAGUCACAUCAUCAUUACACAACAUUCAGUAUCUUUUAAAAUAAUAUGAUGAAUUCUCUUAGAUAAGAGAGGAAAGUACACCAAAUACAAAAUGCAAAGCCA